GUUCCCGACACGCCAGCACGUCCAUUGUACAAGGCGAUCAUUGCGAUUUCAACGCCACGUUUGUUUCCCAAGAUCUCAAAAAGUUGCUUCGCCCGUCGCGUUUCAUCUUUAGCCACCACGGAGUCGUUGGGGGGUUGCUGUCAUAGGAGACACGCGGCCUGUUUGGGCAAUAGCCAGUCCACCUUGCGCUCAGGCUAACUAGCCGGCGCUAGCUGCACGUUAGCCGGCCGCGGUUGGUUUGGUCGAGACGGGGAGCAUGUUACGAACUUGCGUCGGAGGAAUUCGACUUUGAAACGGUCUCGCCCGAAUUGGAAAUUCCACGCGCACUUUCGAAAGGAUGAAUGGUUUCAGCACCGAGGAGGACAGCCACGACGGGCCGCCCGCGCCGCCCCUCUACGGCCAGAGCUGCUGCCUGAUCGAAGACGGCGAGCGCUGCGGCCGCUCCGCCGGCAACGCCUCCUUCAGCAAGCGCAUCCAGAAGAGCAUUUCGCAGAAGAAGCUCAAGCUGGACAUCGACAAAAGUGUGCGCCAUUUGUACAUCUGCGACUUCCACAAGAAUUUCAUCCAGAGCGUGCGCAACAAGAGGAAGAGGAAGACGAGCGACGACGGCGGCGAUUCCCCGGAUCACGACGUGGAGGUGCCAGAGGUGGACUUGUUCCAGCUGCAGGUGAACACGUUGCGGCGCUACAAGCGACACUACAAGCUGCAGACCAGGCCCGGCCUAAACAAGGCCCAGCUGGCCGAGACCGUGAGUCGUCACUUCAGGAACAUUCCGGUGAAUGAGAAGGAAACACUGACCUACUUUAUUUAUAUGGUGAAGAGCAGCAAGAGCCGCUUGGACCAGAAGGGCGACGGUGGCGGGAAACCGCUGGACUAAAAAAAUAAAACAAAAUCUUAUCACCACCUCCAAUAAAAUGGGAACAACAAACAUGUCAAGACAGCACGAAACAACCAAAAACUGGAUCUCCCCACAACCACCAUUCGGUGUCCUUGGGUGACUUUUUUUUAUUUUUUUUUUAACACAGUUACUUCUAUCCAUGUAUAAUUUUUUUUUUCCUUCUCCCGAGCAUUUUCGACUCAAGAACCAGGACUCACUCGGACUUUGCUGAUCGUAUGUCAACUGUUACUGUGUCUUCUGAGGCAAAUGUGGGGGAAAAACCCGACAGAAAAAAGACUUGCUCUCCUUUCCGACAGAAUGACCCCUUUAAACUCGUCGGGAAAGCCACGGGAACGUACUUUUUUUUUUUUUUUUUCUUUUUGUAAAGUCCCCGGUUUGGACUUUGAGAGACCCGGAAAGGACUUGACAUUUUGCAUGUGGUCUUUUUUCCACUGAGAUGCACGCCGUGUAUUGAGAUUGUUCGUGCUAAUUGUUAGCAUUGACGCUCGGAAAGCCCGUCCGGCCCAGUGUUUAGACCGAUCCCUGUACAGAAAUGUUUAUUGCUAAUUGUUAGCAGUGACACACUAAAAGCUCUUAGCCCAGCAUUUAACUCUCUUGCAAUCUUGCGGGUCAAAUUGACCCAUUGUAGGUGCACAUUUUUGUCACCUUUUGGGUAAUUGUGUCAGAUAAACCCAAAAUUGCGUGACAGCAGUUUAAAAAAAAUAUUUUUACAAAAUGUUGUUAACACAUACAGGCUGAAAGGUGUUGGGCCGGUGUUUAACCCUCAUGUUAUGCUGUGGGUCAAAUUGACCCAUGGCAAAAAAAAACAUCUUUUAAAAGUUGUUAGUGUAAUAUCUUAUCUACGUGUGUUUUUUCUCCCCCGAGCCGAUGUUACAAGAGGGUUAAAUAAAGCCCUGUUCCGGGGUGUUUCCAACUCAUUUUUGGCACACGCCGCAUCUUUUGUUAUGGUUUCUCAGAAGAAAGAGAAGACUGUUAUGAUUGAAACCAUAUCCUGUAAAUAUGUAAUCACCUCAUGUUACAAAUAUGCAAUGAAUGAGCUAGUUGUGAAAUCAGGAGCUAAUGAAAACUGAUCAGCUCGUUUUAAAAUAGCAGCUGAUAUUUUAAAAAAAAUGCAAUUCUCAAUACAACUAAAUGUGAAAACAGUUUGUAAUUUGGGGUAAUUUUUAACAUGAUUUUGAUUUCACAAGCCACUUGAAAUGAUACAGCGGGGCGGAUCUGGUUUGGAUUUUGACACCUGUGGUGCACGCGAAUAGCUAGCUAGUGCUACUAGAAGACCGGAAAUUUCCCCGAGUUGUGAUUGUUAGUACGACUGGUUGUUUGUUUCAAAGUGUCCUGCGAUCGGCUGACAGAUCCUGCCUCAAGAUAGCUGGAGAUAGGCUCCGGCACUCCCGCCGACCCUUGUGAGGAUAAGCAUCUUAGAUCAAGGGAUGGGUCAUUGUUAGCACUGACGCAAAAGCUCUUCACCCAGUGUGUAAAUAAACCCUUCAACCAGGUACGACCUUCCUCGCUUGUAGCUAUAAUUCACCCCCACCUUAUCCCUUAUAUUUUUUAAAACACUUUUUGGAUAACUCCUCAAAUUACCAAACAUUAUGGGAAGGUUGAAAAGAACUAUGCUAACUGUUGAUCAGCAGAUGGCGCCAUGACGCUACGCUAUUGUUUGGAAUGAUGACAUCUUGCUAACAGCGGCUAGCACAAUGCUAAC